UCCGGCUCUGUGGGCGGUAGGUCUUCGCAGGAAAAACAAAGAGAUUCGAGGUCCUCACAAGAAAAGUCCAUUUGGUAACUUUGCCUUUAAAGUUGGUCUCAAGUCUGUGUUUUGGAAGCCUGGCUGACGGAGAAGCUUCUGUGCUCGGGGUUAUGAGGAGCUAACCGGAAAAGCGCCUUGGAUGAUGCGGAAGCCAUGGAGUUGAGCUGCAGUGAUGUUCCUCUAUACGGGCAGAUGACCGUCUAUGCAAAGUUUGGCGAAAAUGUUUAUCUUCCUGAAGAUGCCGAGUUUUACUUUAUUUAUGAUGGAUCUCAUCAGAGACACAUCGUGAUUGCACGGCGCACUGAGGAUAAUGUUCUCCAAUCCAGCGUUCCAGGCCAUGGGCUUCAGGAGACGGUGAUGGUGUCUGUGUGCCUCUGCUCAGAAGGUUACUCCCCGGUGAUCAUGGGCUCUGACUCCGUGACCUACGUGGACAACAUGGCCUGCAGGCUGGCUCGUUUGCUGGUCACCCAGGCUGAUCGCCUCACAGCCGGUAGUCAUCAGACCUUGCUGACUCCAUUUGCCCUGACGGUGGGAGCUUUGCCUGCUUUGGAUGAGGAGCUCGUGCUGGCUCUGACCCAUCUGGAGAUGCCUCUUGGGUGGACUGUCUUGGGAAAUUAUUCACUUGAAGUGUCUUUAUGCAGAGAGUCUCUUCUACACCUGGCUAUGAGAUGGGGCCUGCCUAAGCUCUCUCGUUUCCUCUUGUGUCUCCCUGGGGGAGUCCAGGCUUUGGCUUUACCCAAUGAAGAAGGUGCCACCCCAUUAGACUUAGCUUUACGUGCCGGAUACUCCGAGCUGGUUGAAGACAUCACAAAUUUCCAGGGCAGACGUUUCCCCGACUUUUCCCGGGUGCAGCUCAGUGAAGAUGCCUUCCUGCAGUAUAUUCACUCCUCAGAAACGCUGACCUUGACUCUGAACCACACGGCUGAGCAUUUGUUGGAGGGAGAUAUUAAACUCUUCAGGAAAUACUUUUGGGACAGAGCCUUUCUCCUCCAGGCUCUUGAAGAUCAAGAAGCCAGGCCGGAGGAAAGACAAGACGUGCCUUCCAGUGCUGCAGAAACUGAAGAAGAGAUUAAGAAUUUGGUGUCUGGCGGAUCAUCACCGGAAAAGGAAGACGAUGUCAAGUGUGUGGAAAACCCGGUGGUUCAACCGAAGGAACACGAAGACCGGGACAGUGUAGACGCGGAUCACUCUUUUGAUGCCUUCAAAAAAUCCAAGCGUUCCCCAGCAUUCUCUGCUGCAGGCCAGCUCUCUGAUGUGCUGAAUGGUGGCAAUGAAGUUUAUGCCAACUGUAUGGUGAUAGAUCAGGUUGGCGAUUUGGAUAUUAACUACAUUAACAUAGAAGGUAUCACUACAAACACCUGCCCUGAGUCGAUGGGUUCUACUCUGGGACCUCAGAGCUGCAAGCAUAUCCUUGCUGCGGAAACCAGCCAUGGAAAAUACCCGCUAAGUGAGAAGAAGGAAGUGGCCUCAAGUACUGAAGCUCGGCAGUCCUUCGCAUCACCAUCUGGUUCAUAUGCUUCCAAUUUUAAUCUUUCUUUUGGUCUUCAUGGAUUUGAAAAGGAACAAAGUCACCUAAAGAAAAGAAGUUCCAGCCUCGAUGCCCUGGAUGCCGACAGUGAAGGGGAGGGGCAUUCUGAACAUUCACACGUCUGCUACACUCCAGUGUCUCAGAGUUCCUCAAGAACUGGGAUCCCUAGUGGGGAUGAAUUGGACUCUUUUGAGACCACCCCUGAACCAGAUUUUAGUAUCUCCAGGACCGAGUCCCUUUCUUUAUCAAGUAACCUGCAGUUGAAGGAAUCGUUACUUUCUGGAGUCCGCUCACGUUCUUAUUCCUGCUCAUCGCCCAAAAUUUCUUUAGGAAAAACUCGGUUGGUGCGUGAUUUUACAUUGUGCAGUUCUAGUGAAGAGCAAAGAGCUUACAGCUUACCGGAGCCACCAAGAGACAAAAGAAUUCAGCAAGAAGAAUGGGAUAAAUAUAUUAUACCUGCCAAGUCAGAGUCUGAAAAAUACAAAGUGAGCCGAACUUUCAGCUUUCUCAUGAAUAGGAUGACAAGCCCUCGGAAUAAAUCCAAGACAAAAAGCAAGGACGCCAAAGACAAAGAGAAACUGAGCCGACAUCAGUUUGUCCCUGGAACAUUCUCUGGGGUUCUCCAGUGUUUGGUGUGUGAUAAAACGCUCCUGGGGAAGGAGUCAUUCCAGUGUUCCAACUGUAAUGCAAAUGUACACAAGGGCUGUAAAGACGGUGCCCCUCCAUGUACCAAGAAAUUCCAAGAGAAACAUAACAAGAACAAGCUGCAGACCACCCUUGGAAAUUCUUCAUUCCGAGACAUCCCGCAACCUGGUCUCUCCUUGCACCCUUCUUCCUCCAUGCCUAUUGGAUUGCCCACUGGGAGAAAAGAAACUUCAGUGCAGGUCCAUCCAUUGUCCAGAAGUGUUCCAGGCACUACCUUGGAAAGUUUCAGAAGGUCAGGGCUAUCCUUGGAGUCUGAGAGUGACGGGAACAACUGGAGAAGCAGGUCUCAUUCCGAUGAGCUUUUACAGUCUAUGGGCUCAUCUCCUUCCACGGAGUCCUUUUUAAUGGAAGAUGUCGUGGAUUCUUCUCUGUGGAGUGACCUCAGCAGUGAUGCCCAGGAGCUGGAGGCAGAAUCUUGGAGCCUGGUGGUGGAUCCCUCGUUUUGCAGUAAGCAGGGGAAGGAUGUCAUCAAAAGACAGGAUGUCAUUUUUGAGCUGAUGCAAACAGAGAUGCAUCACAUCCAGACCCUGCUCAUCAUGUCCGAGAUCUUCAGGAAAGGGAUGAAGGAAGAGCUCCAGCUUGAUCACAGCACCGUGGAUAAAAUCUUUCCUUGCUUAGAUGAGUUACUUGAAAUCCACAGGCAUUUCUUUUCUAGUAUGAAGGAGCGAAGGCAGGAGUCCUGUGCUGGUGAUGACAGAAAUUUCAUCAUCAAUCGCAUUGGAGAUAUUCUGGUACAACAGUUUUCAGAAGAAAAUGCAAAUAAAAUGAAGAAAGUAUAUGGAGAAUUCUGUAGCCAUCACAAAGAAGCCGUUAGCCUCUUUAAAGAACUCCAACAAAAUAAAAAGUUUCAGAAUUUUAUUAAGCUUCAAAAUAGUAACCUUUUGGCGCGACGCCGAGGAAUCCCAGAAUGCAUUCUGCUAGUCACUCAGCGUAUCACGAAAUACCCUGUCCUGGUGGAAAGGAUUUUGCAGUACACAAAGGAAAGAAGUGAAGAACAUAAAGACUUGUGCAAAGCUCUGUGCUUAAUUAAAGACAUGAUUGCCGCUGUGGAUUUAAAAGUCAGCGAGUAUGAGAAAAACCAAAAAUGGCUUGAGAUCUUGAAUAAGAUCGAAAACAAAACCUACACAAAGCUCAAAAAUGGCCAUGUGUUUAGGAAGCAAGCACUGAUAAGUAAAGAAAGGACUCUGUUAUAUGAUGGCCUUGUUUACUGGAAAACUGCCACAGGUCGUUUCAAAGAUAUCCUGGCUCUCCUCCUAACUGAUGUGCUGCUCUUUUUACAAGAAAAAGACCAGAAAUACAUCUUUGCAGCUGUUGAUCAGAAGCCAUCCGUUAUUUCCCUUCAGAAGCUUAUUGCUAGAGAAGUUGCUAAUGAGGAAAGAGGAAUGUUUCUAAUCAGUGCUUCAUCUGCCGGUCCUGAGAUGUAUGAAAUUCAUACCAACUCCAAGGAGGAACGGAAUAACUGGAUGAGACGCAUCCAACAGGCAGUAGAAAGUUGCCCAGAAGAAGAAGGGGGAAGGACAAGUGAAUCUGAUGAGGAGAGGCGGAAAGCUGAAGCAAGAGUGGCCAGAAUUCAGCAAUGUCAAGAAAUCCUCAGUAACCAAGACCAACAAAUUUGCACGUAUUUGGAGGAGAAGCUGCAUAUCUAUGCUGAGCUCGGAGAAUUGAGUGGACUUGAGGAUGUCCAUCUAGAGCCCCACCUCCUCAUUAAGCCUGACCCAGGAGAGCCUCCCCAGGCAUCCUCAUUAGUGGCAGCGGCCCUGAAAGAAGCCGAGAGCCUGCAGGUUGCAGUGAAGGCCUCACAGACGGGCGACGCAUGCCAGUCAUCCGAGGAAGGUUGCGGAGAAUCUGCCUUGACAGAUACGCUGGGUCCCCCUGACGUGCCAGGAUCUUCUACAGCUUCACUAGUCACAGAAAGGACAGGAGGAAGAGGCUGUUGGGAUGUGGAUCCUGGGACCCAGGGUGUGGGAACCGACCUGGCGGUCUCUGAUGCAGGGGAGAAGGUGGAAUAUAGAAGUUUCCCAGGUGCUUCACAGUCAGAGAUUAUACAAGCGAUACAGAAUUUAACCCGGCUCUUAUAUAGCCUUCAGGCGGCCUUGACCAUUCAGGAUAGCCACAUCCAGGUCCACAAGCUGGUUCUCCGGCAACAGGAGAGCCUCUCCCCAGGCCCGUCUUUUCGAGGGGGCCCGCUCUUUCAGGACCAGGAGAAGGCCCGCCACCUGGAGAAGCAGCGGGAAGAGCUGGCCAACGUCUACAAGCUCCAGUACGAGUUCCAGCAGGAUCAGCGGCGCUGGCACCGCAGGUGCGACCAGCAGCAGCGGGAGCAGGAGGCCAAGGCGAGCCGGCUGCGGGAGCGCGAGAGGGAAUGCCAGUCCCAGGAGGAGCUGCUGCUGAGGAACCGCGGGGAGCUGGACCAGCAGCUCCAGGAGUACCAGCAGAACCUGGAGCGGCUGAGGGAGGGCCAGCGCCUGGUGGAGAGGGAGAGGGAGAGGAUGCGGGUCCAGCAGAGCCUGCUGUGUGGCUGGAAACACAGUCGGCAGAGUAGCCUUCCCGCAGCAUUUUCUCCAGGAAGCACAGAGGUAAUGGAACUUCAUCGAUCCGAGAGUUUGUGUCAUGAAAAUUCAUUCUUCAUUAAUGAAGCUUUAGUACAAAUGUCACUUAACACUUACAACAAAUCGACUCCAUCGGGUGUCCAUCAGGAUGCCACUUAUCCCCAGAAUAUAUCUAAUUCGGAUUUGGUAAGGACUAGUGAAAAUCAAGUAGACCUCCACCUGGACGUUUCUCAGCCCUUGGAUGUCAACCAUGAACUGUGGACAGCUGCUGGGUCCUGUCAUCAGAUACCCCCUCUCCACCAAAGCAGCAAGGAUUCUUGUAAAAAUGAUUUGGACAUCUCUCAGACUGAGUUUCCAGCCUCCCAGGACUCACAUCCACAUGGCUCUCAGCGGCAGACAUUUACGGCCGAAGCAAAGCUAAAUCUUCAGACAUUGACUGGACAAGACCAGGAGACUGGAGAUGACGCUGAAGAAAACAUUGUUUACCUCUAAUUGUGUUAUUAUUUUUCCGAGCAAAACACAACACUGGCAUUUGGUGGAGAUUUUUUUUUUUCAUUUCCUGACGUUCGUGUGAAUGUGUCUAAAUUGCCGUAAGAGUAAUAUUUAAUAUUUCAUGCAAGUUCAGUUUUUGGGCAUGGGUCCAAAUAAAUUAUUGAAAGCA